AUGUCCCCCUUGGACAAGGGAUGGACCCUGGCACUCAGGUUCAUCAGUGUGAGGGAUGAAUGUUGUCAUCCUCACACUUGGUUGCCCUGGCACUGGGAGAGGGGUUUGGCCUUCAGCCAAUCCAGUGCUUGGGUGAUAAACCCAAGCUCACAAGUCCUCUAUGGCCUCAUCAUGGUGGACCACUCAGUCCCCCAGACAAUCCAGCCAUUGAUCGAUGCUUCUCAGCAUCAUCAUCAACUCACUAUGCCUCUGGUUGCCAUCAAUGUCGAUGACUUUAGCAAACUGAUCAGUAGUCCUACCCUAUCUCUGUCCACUCUGACAUCUACCUUUGGACCAAACAUCACUCCUCACACCACACUCCUCCUCUCACUCCCCAUCCAUCCCUCUCCUACCCUACCUCCAUCCUCUCUGAUAUUCACCUUCAGACCUGACCUCAUUCCUCCUCUCACCUCCCCUUCUCGUUCCUCCCCUCACUCCUCUCCUUCCAUCACUCUUCCGUCAAACCUCCACCAAGUUACGACCUUCCACCGCAGUCCCGUACCUUGUACUCGGACACUUCCCAUACCUUCGCUCCAAGACUCCAUCAUGUUCCCAACCUCAGACUUUGACUCCACCUCGGCUUAA